CGUGCGUCUGAAAAGAGUGAAGCGACCAAAUUUUAUCUACGGCUUACAGAGUUUUACGAUUUGAACAGAAAAUGACGGUCGAUUCCGAUACCGGUGCUUUGGCGGAACCAGUAGCGCAAGAAAAAGUGAGAUGCUAUUUCGACGUGACUCUCGGUGGCUUACCGGCUGGCCGUAUUGUGUUCGAAUUGUUUCCGGCAGUGGCACCGAAAACCUGCGAGAACUUCCGAGCAUUGUGCACGGGUGAAGCUGGUAUCGGGCAAAAGACUGGAAAAGCUUUGUACUACAAGGGGAUAAUAUUUCAUCGUGUAGUGAAAGAUUUUAUGAUCCAGUCUGGAGACUUCUCGAACGGCAAUGGAACCGGUGGCGAAUCGAUCUACGGUGGUACUUUCGAUGAUGAAGCAUUUACCCUGAAACAUGAUCGAGCGUUCUUGCUCUCUAUGGCCAAUCGUGGCAAAAACACGAAUGGCUCCCAAUUUUUCAUUACAACGCAACCUGCACCACAUCUUGACAAUGUACACGUUGUAUUUGGUCAUGUUGUAUCCGGCCAGGAUUUAGUACGACAGCUCGAACAGCUACCGGUCGAUCGCAAUUCUCGUCCACUGCAAGAUGCAAUGGUUUCUAACUGUGGUGAACUAGUGCGGCAGAUGAAAGUAAAAAAGGAAAAGAAGAAUAAGAAAGCUGCCGCAUCUAGCGAUGAUUCUGAAGAUGAGACGAGCAGGAAGCGCAAGAAGGAUAAAAAGAAGAAACGCGGAAAGGAAUCGUCUCCACGCACGAAACGUGCACCUGAGAUUGAUGCAUCGAUCGAGGAAGGAGAACUGGAAGAUGAAAUCCACCCAAUGGCAACGGUAACCAAAAUCGAUCCAGACGAAAUUCCGGAGGUUUCAAACAAGUAUCUGAUGCGCAACGAUGCAACCAAGCGUGCCAUUGUACCAGAGGACGAUCGCAAGCGUGAUAAUCGUGGAAAGGAGCAGAGGGGAUUCGGUUGGAUGAAGAAGAACGUACCAAUGUCGCGCAGUGGACGCAUUAUCAAGGGUCGAGGACACUUUCGCUAUCGUACGCCUUCGCGAUCACGUAGCCGAUCCAGAAGUCAAACACCAGUUCAUUGGCGGGCCGCUCAGAAACGCACGAUCAAGAUGACCGAUCUGGAAAAGCUGGAAGAUGAGAAGCGGGAGCGUGAAUCCGAGAUCAAGCGUCGGGAAACGGAGCGCAAGAAGCGUCACGAAGAGCUCGCGAAAGGUGUCUCGAAGAAAUCGUUCUUCGAGCUCAAUCAAGAGCAGUCUGUUGCGCGAGAAAAGUCAACCAGCGAAUCGCCCGAUGCUGCUGCGGUAAGUUCCAAACGUGCUAGCGACCCACCGAUCAAAGGGCAGGAAGAACAGUUAAGGGGUAAAUCCAACGGAUCGAUCGAUAUGAAUGCUUUGGAUUACGAGCAUCAUCCGGCAGGGACGUCGGACACAGAACCGGACGAGGCAACGCACAAGAAAAGUGACACCUUAGCCAAAGCUCUCGGUGUAGAACCAAAAAAGAAAUCCAACGAUUCGGUUAAAACGGACGAACGGCGCAAACCGGUGGAAGAUCGGAAGCGCGAUCGUUCCAGAAGUCGUUCACGUGAUCGCCGUCGAGGUGGUGGUGAUGGUUAUCGAGGUCGUUCACCUCCCGGACACCAUCGUGGAGGAGGAGGAGGAGGUGGUGGGAACCGUAAUCGACAACCUUUUGGGUUUUCGGCCGCUCCACAUUACAAUCGUUACAACCAACAGCAGCAUGGUUCAAACCGGCGCUAUGGUGGUGGGAACAACGUUGGAGGAUCGUACUACUCGCGACCUCGUGGACGUUUCGGUGGCAAUAAUGAGCGAUACGAUCGCGAUCGCGAUCGUUCACGCCGAUCACGCAGUCACGAGGGUGGUUUUUCACGGCGUUCACGCCGAGAACGUUCCGCUAGCCAUUCGCGUUCCAGAACACCGGAACAUAGGCGGCGUCGUAAGGAUAACAGCUCCACGGGUAGCUCCCAGGAACGGGAUGAGCGCUCAAAGCGUAACCGAUCCGUCACACCGACCGAUCGCCGCUCAGCGUCCCGUCCGGUGAUGAACGAAAAGACGAUCCGGGAAAAAACCUCCAACGGCAAAGAGUUAGACACGUUCCGGGAUAAGAGUCCGGGUUCGGUGGCAACAGCGAUCGUUGUCGCUGCUACAGCGGCCGUCGAAGCAGCAAAGAUACCUACCGUAUCAAUCAAAAGUGAGGAACUGUCGGAAGAAGAAAAGGCGCGCAUGCAAAAGGAAAAGAUGCUAAAACGAGCCGAAACACUGCUGCUGCUGAAGAGCCACAUGGAAAAGGAAAUAGAAGAGCAGCAACGCAAGGCACGGGAGAAACAGCAACAGCAGCUGCUACUGCGCAAACAAAAAGAGGAACAGGAAGCCCGUGCCCUCGAUGCGGUAAUGGAUUUGGCGCAGCUAAAGCAGCUGAAGAAAGAAACAAUCCAAAAGCUGAACGCACAAGAGGCGGCACAACGGAUAUUGCACACGGUGGUCACUAAUGUCAGUGUCGUUGCCGGUGGUUCUAGCGGCACAGGGCAGAAGAAAAAGUCCAAAAGCAGCAACAGUAAACGGCGCUCGUCCCGUAGCUCUUCAUCAUCCUCCUCCUCGUCGGCUGCUUCCAGAAAGGAGAAAAGCCGUAAGAAGCGCAAAGAUAAGAAGCGUAAAGCACGUCGCCAUUCAUCCAGCAGCUCUUCUUAGUUGGAAUGCUUUAAUAAUUCACUAGCCGGAAUUUCGGACGGUUAAAUAUUUACUUUGCGUGUAAAAGUAUGAUUUUAGCAACAAUAGCUGUCCUUUUUUUGGCCGUAAGUAACCUAUUAGGUAAUGAAUACCAUAUAUCGUCUUGCUAGACUUGUCGUCUAGACCGUUCGUCAGAUAGCAUUGUAAGUAAUGCACUACUUAUACCACACGCCCGGUUUGGGCUUCAAAUCUCAGCUGGACCUAACUGUACCCAAAAAGGUUUCUCUAUAGCCAAGUCAUAGCUAAUCUGCUUUGUAGGCCUGACACACAUCUGCACAGGUUGUCGAGUCAUAUAGUAGUAGUGAAUUCCUGCAAAUGGGACAAGGUAGGUUCAGAGUAGAUUUAAUCUCAAAACUCUCGUGGCGCGUGUCGGUGUGGCUUUUCCAUUGGACCGUUGCAAGCGUUCGGCUUGUAGCAAAGAAUUGUUUGUAUCUCCGUGAAUCCGCAUUUUCUUCAACUAUGUAAACAUCUUCAAUAAACUUAUCUAAACUACAAGCGCACAUUAUCCCUAGAACAAUUACAUCAAGAACUUGCGACAAUUUUCCGGCUUUGCUAGCUGUUAUUUCCCUGUAAAAUGGAUAGUUAGUCAUGUGUUCCCGUGUUAGAUGGC